GCCGGGGAGAGGCGCGGGCGCCAUGGGGUCCCCCAGCCUCAGCCGCUCCUCGCAGUCCCUGCGCCGGCUGUAAGGUGGCGGCGGCGGCGCGGCGCCCUCUCCUGCACCCUCCCCCGGGGCCGGGGGGCCAUGGCCAGCGGAGCUCCGUGAGCCGUGGGGCGGGGGACUCCCGGGCGCUUCUGGAAGCAGGGAGCGGCAUUGAUGUGUGAGCCCCACAAAUGGCUCUCGGCGCGGAGGGGGCCGAUCAGAGGUGUGAGCAUGCCGGGCAGCUGGGGGACCUGUUUGCCGCCUCUCUGCCUUGGGCAGCUGGCAGAGCCCUAGGAUGCCCUGAUCGGCGGAGCUCCCAGCCACCUACCAGCCACGGGGCCAUCUCCAGGGCUGUCAUGCUGAUUGGGGUGAUCCUAGCCCUUUUCCAGAGUGUCCAGGCUGAGCAGGGUACCAAACAACACCAAAUAAAUGUUGCCCCUUCUACAGAGUCUCCUGCUCACUGGAGAUCUAUAUUUUCACCAACAUGGCCUUCAACAGAAAUUAAGUCUUCCUCAGUGGCUGACAUGUCAAUGAGACAGACAUUGGAGAAUGCAAACUUGCUUCAGAAAAUAAAAACAACACUGACUGGCGCCAGAACUAUGGAUCAAACUAAUUUUUCGCCCACUCUUUACCAAGGCAGCGGAAAUAGUGCAUCCCAGGAGCCUUCCGAGGUUUCAGCUGAAUCACCAGUGAGGUCAUCCUCUCAAGAUGUAAAUGAAACAGCUGUUGUAUCAGGUUUGCCUCAAAUCAGUAUGUUUGCCACAUUGUCCACAAAACCAUCAAUGACACAUUCAAGUACUGCUGUACCAUCUCAGCUAACAUCAUUAGAAACACCCUCCAUUUCAAAAGAAACCACAUCAGGAUCAGACAUUCUUGCAACUGUUCCAUCACCAUCAUUUUCUUCAUUGGUAAUACAAUCACCUCAUACCAUUAUCUUUUCUAAGUUGACUGUACUACCCACCAAAGUGCCUUUAUCCACAGAUACUGAAAGUUCCUUCCACAUAGAUUCAACUGACUCUCAUUUUAGUGCAAGCAGAGAUAAUCCACCAAGCACAGUCACUGCUGUAAAUUCCAGUACAUUGAAUCACACAUUAUCCAGAAGGGGUCCCAAAGAGGUCACGGGUACCACAUCACUUAAUAGCUUUGGAUCAACAAUGAUACAUUCCACAAAGACAAUGGGAAGAGUGUCACCCUCAGAAAGUACCUCCCUACUUUCUGCACACUCUCCAACUUCUCUGUCAGUAAUUUCCUCUCAGUCUUUCCUACCAAUAGCUUCUGAAACUGUGUCAUGGUUUCCUACUGAAAGAACUUCAUUGUCUCACUCAACAGAUAACGUGUCUUCUUCUGGAGCAAUACCCACCAAUCUGCCAUUCAAGGCAGUGGUGACUGACAGAGAGAAUGACCUCAGCCCAGAUGCAUCGUCACCAGCUUUUAAUAGUAAAUCAGAGAUUCCAAUGGUUAGUACUUCAUUCUUUCAUACCGUGGGCACUAUAUCUGCAUUACCAAAAGUGAUGAGUCAUCAGUCUUCCACAUCAACUAAUGCCAUGUCGGGUUCUACCAAGACAAUAUUUUUAUCACCAGCUUCUAAUAAUCCAGUGGGACUCUCCCAUUCAACAGAAAAUAGGUCUUCCUUUACUGUGCCAAGAAAAUUUAUUCCAGAUGCAAUAAGCACCAGCAACGCAGUAGUUCCACCGCCAGCACCUACAAGUAUAUCAGACUUUCUUUUCAGAAAAAACACACUCCCUUAUUCAACAGAUAAAGAAUCUUCCUUAAUAACUGUGACAAAUCAUACCUUUAAUAUUAUAGCACAUACUAACAACGCAACAAACUCAACACCAGCCUAUGAGAACACUUCUGUGUUCCCUCUAAUAAAUAUUUCGUCCUUUCGCUCAGCAGUGUCAAUCAGUCAAGCUGUUGGAAAAGAGGUGACUGAUACAGGUUUUGAGGCCAAUACAGUGGUAUUAUCAAGUGAUUUUGAACAUACUUUGCAACCUUCUGAUGGCUCUUUAGUUAGAGAGGCACCCCAUCAGUCUUUCGAAACAGGUAGUACAGCCAAAGUAUACACCAACAUAGAUUCUAACAAUGUCCUUUUUUACGGAUCUCAGCGUUCCAGAGUUUCUCCAGAAACUCGACCCAGCAAGCGCACAACAGGAACAGUGCUGCCUGAAAGUAUUUUGAAAACAGAAGUCAUCAGUUCUGUUACUACAUCUGCAGUAUCAUUACCCACUCCCAAUACAGGCCUUUCAAAAUCUGUGCUCACUAUUAAAGAUACACCUGCUAUUCAUAAUUCUACAACUUCACAGCUUUCAGCUAUUAAUGGAGAAAGUCCAGCUGUAGACUUAACAGAAAAUGAAGAAACAGAUACAGAAACAUUCACCAUUGUCACUCCACAUAUAGAAUAUGCCCCUCUACAAGCUUUAAAUAAACCUGAUCUUACCACUGAUGAAGUUUCAACCACAGAUGAUACAAAACCAUGGACCACUAUUGUGCCUUCAGAAUUAUAUGCAUUGCCAUCAUUUGUUCCAGCAACAGAAGCUCCACACAGCCCAGCGUCAGCUUUCUCUAAUAUUUCAAAUGCUGCCUCUGAAAGCAGUUUAGAUACCACAAAGAUACCUAUACCUAUAAUCAGUGCUUCAGCUUCUGAAUGGACUACUACAGCCGUGCUUACUUCAGCUGGUGUUAGUGUUCUGUCAGUAAAAGAAACAACCAACAUUCCAAUAAUGGAAGUUUCUCCAAGCACUUCUUCAUUAGAAACUGGGUAUCACGCCCCAUAUUCAACAAUUUCAGGUCUGCAACAGCAAAUAAAUGAUGUUACAAACAAACAAACUGCUUCUAUCUCUGUAACUUUAGAAACGUCUACAUCUGCAAAAUCUAAUCAAAAUGUUUCAACUUCACCUUUGACUGAAAUUAAGUCUCCUAAUUUCACACAAUUUAACAUACGUUCAUCUGCCCUGGAAAGGUCUAGUGUUCAGUAUUCGCCCCAGGCUACCACUACAGCACUACCUGCAGCCCAGUCAAAAAAAGAUACUGACACAACUCAAAAUGUUACUGAAUUCUUCACUCUCAGGGACACUAACUUCACUGCAAACUUUGAAGUAUCCCCCCAUCUGUAUUUGCCUACAGUGAAGGAUUUUGCAACUGAUGAUACAAGUACUGCUUAUAGCACUCUGAAAUCUCAGACAAUCCAUGGUGACAAUAUCUCUUCAUCAACAAAAGCCUUAUACACAACACCAUCUGAGCUACCACUGGCUUCUCAAUUCACUGACAAUUUGAUUGUCACAGCUAAUAAUGAAAUUAGUUCUAUCAGUGGUACACAACCAACAAUUUCUUCCUUUCCAAUAGCCAAACAAUCUUCAAGCUCAACACUGAUAUCUAUUCUAACUCCAGAAAAAUACUUGUCUUCUGGAAAUUUGACAGACUUUACAAACAGCUCUGUUUCAGAACCACCGAGUCACUUGACUAGUGUUAUUCAAAAACAAGCUACGUUUAGUACAGAAAGGUGGUAUGCAAAUGGUACAGGUGAUAUUCUAAUUACAGUUGCUGUACCUAAUGAAGCUACCAAUGGCACCCCAUCGCAAACACAUACCACCAAUGCUUUACAGUCAGUCAUCAUAACUUCUGUCCAUGCAUCACCAACACAUAUAACCUCUGCUUUUUUGCCAACAACCAACUUUACCCAUUCUGUCAUUACAGUGCUACCUUCAGUGUCGGCAGGUGCAAUACCUACAGUAGCAACUUCAGAAGCAAAAUCAGUAACAGGAAAAUCUGCGCCAACUUCAUCCUUGUUUUCUCUAGGCAGUGAAAAUGCACCCUUGCUGUCUGUGACAGCAUUAAGCACAUUGAUAUCAACACUAGCAAAAAAUAACAGUGCCUCAAAAAUGACAUCAACAGUAGAAACACAUACAAACUUUCCGUUUGCACCAAGACACACACCUACAUCACGCCCCCACACCGUUAUGUUUCUAACCAAUAAUGUUAGCACAGUCACAGCUUCCACACUGACAUCCACAACACACACACAAAGACAGAUAGAAACCACAGUACCUGACACCAAGAAAUUUACAAGCUCAGAAAUCACCAAAACAUCAACUGCAUAUCCACUGACAAUUACAGCAGCUUUGACAUCUAUUACAGCAUCAGCGAAAACAACUAGGCUCCCCCCUGCUCCAGUGGAAAACAAUUCUGCUGCUCCUACAACUGCAAUUGCAACUUUUGCUAAUGUGACAACAGUUCCCCCCCCGGAAUGCCAGCUAUCCAGUAACCUUAUGGUUAAAUCAGUUUUGUUCCUGAACACAAGAAGGCUGCUGAUCAGCAGUUCCUUAAAAGAGAAUGUGACAAAAGGACUGACCCAGGCACUGAGACAAGCUUUCAACCAAAAUGUCAAUGCUCAAGUUGAAAUUCUGGAACAAUCAAACAAUGUGACAGUUGGUUACUACGUUACGAAGGGGAGGUUGGUUUUUAUACCUGCUGUUGUUACUGAAAUGCUCAUUGCUUAUGGUAUUAGCAACACCACAGCGGACAUAAAGCAGCAUGUGCCAAAUCUUCAGUCUGUUGCUGUACUGGCCUUGCCAUGGAAUCCAUUACCUGCAUACCACUUCCAGCUGAAAACAGAGCUGCAGUUUGUUGGUCAAACAGACAACAUACAGUCAUGCAAGUUUGUUCAGACCAUGGAGCAACGGUUACAAAAAGCAUUCGAGGAUGCUGAAAGAAAGGUCUUAAACACUAGCAACAACUUAACAGUUCAGAUUUUGAACACGUCAAAUGUCUCCCAAGCGGUCACUUUGUUUUAUGUGGUGAGCAAUCAAAGUACAGCCCUAAAUGGCACCACCUCCAGCUACCUUCUUAAUCAGCUUUCAGCUGAGCUGGUGGGAUUCUACCUUACCUACCCGCCACUGACCAUUGCAGAAUCUUUGGAGUAUCCAAACCUUGAUGUCUCAGAAACUACUAGAGACUACUGGGUGAUUACAGUUAUACAAGGGGUCGACAUUACGUUACUGGGACUUAACAACCAAAGCUUUGCAAGACUAAUGGAGCAGCGGCUGGCCCCACUGUUCGUGAUGUCCCAUCAACAAGGAAGGCGAUUUAAACGUGCUACUACAGUGGGCAGCUACACUGUGCAGAUGGUAAAAAUGCAGCGUAUUCCAGGACCCAAGGAGCCUGCUGAACUGACUUAUUAUACAUUAUACAACGGGAAACCUCUGCUGGGAACUGCAGCUGCCAAAAUGUUGAGUACUGUUGAUUCUCAAAGGAUGGCCUUGACGUUAGGUUAUGUCAUCCAAGUACAAGCUGAUCCUGUGGUGAAAAACCCACCAAACAACCUGUGGAUCAUUGCAGCAGUACUGGCUCCCAUUGCUGUGGUUACGGUUAUCAUCAUCAUCAUCACAGCAGUUCUGUGCAGGAAGAACAAGAAUGAUUUCAAACCAGACCCCAUGAUGAACCUGCCUCAGAGAGCUAAACCAGUACAAGGUUUUGACUAUGCCAAACAGCAUUUAGGUCAGCAGGGAGCUGAAGAUGAGGUUUUACCUGUGACUCAGGAGACUGUAGUACUACCACUGCCAGCUAGAGAUGCUCCUGCCUCCCAGGAGAGAGAAAUUGCUCAGGAUGGGAGCACCACUAAAACUGCCAAGUCCAAUGAAACAAGAAAAAGCAGGUCGCCUAGUCAGAAUGGUUCUGUCAUCAGCAACGAAUCAGGAAAGCCCAGUUCAGGCAGAAGCUCUUCACAGAAAGUAGUGGUCCAGCAGAAAAUGACAAAAGAUGAAGGAAGAAAGAGAAAUGUGCCCCUAAGUGAUGAAGAGGAGGGAGGCAUUCUCUUUGAGAACAUCGCCAAGUCUGCCAUUGAUCCCUUCGACACAUCUUCUGGAUCUGUACAGCUGAUUGCUAUCAAACCUGUAGCAUUGCCUCCCGCUCACCCUGCAUCAGACAGGAGCCAGGAAUCUGCUAUCAUUAAUGGAGAGGUAAACAAAGCCUUGAAGCAGAAGUCCGAUAUAGAGCACUAUCGCAACAAGCUGCGCUUGAAAGCCAAGAGGAAAGGAUACUAUGAUUUCCCUCAGAUUGACAACAACAAGGGGCUGACAGAAAGAAAAAAGAUAUAUGAGAAAGCACAAAAGGAAAUAGACCAUGUUUUGGAACCAGAGGCAGAUGUAUCUUCUCCAUUUGCAGAGCCUAAAAACAGGCAGCAGACAAAGAACUCUGUGUACAGAAGCAGACAGUCUCUGAACAGCCCUAGCCCAGGAGAAACUGAGAUGGAUCUUCUAGUUACCCGGGAGAGACCAAGGCGUGGGAUCCGCAACAGUGGAUAUGAUACCGAACCUGAAGUGAUAGAAGAAACAAAUAUUGACCGUGUCAAUGAACCUCGAAGUUAUACCAGAUCCCGUCAGGCUAAAGGCCAUUCUGAGACAUCAACUUUAAGUUCUCAGCCUUCCAUUGAUGAAGUUAGACAACAGAUGCAUAUGCUCUUGGAAGAGGCAUUUAGUCUGGCAUCUGCAGGCCAUGGAGGGCAGAACAGACAAGAUGCUCACAGUUCAGCACAACACUUACCAUACUCUGAAGUUGUGACCAGUGCUCCUGGUACCAUGACCCGACCCAGAGGGGGAGUACAGUGGGUGCCAACAUAUAGACCAGAAAUGUAUCAGUACAGCUUACCAAGACCAGCGUACAGGUUUUCUCAGCUUCCUGAAAUGGUAAUGGGCUCUCCCCCACCCCCGGUUCCUCCCAGAACAGGUCCUGUGGCUGUGGCAUCUCUCAGGAGGUCAACAUCAGAUAUUGGCAGCAAGACAAGAAUAUCUGAAUCCAGUGGGACAGAGCAGGGCCAACAGCAUGAUCCUGCAUCCUUUGCCCCAGGUUCAAGAGCUCCGGUAUCUGUGGGUCCAUUGGAUCAGUCAGCAUUGAACUACUCAGGAAAUACAGUACCAGCAGUGUUUGCCAUACCAGCAGCAAACCGACCUGGAUUCACAGGCUAUUUCAUCCCAACACCACCCACAGCAUACAGGAACCAAGCCUGGAUGCCCUAUGCUGGAGAUAAUGAAUUACCAGGGCAAUGGGCAGACUCGCUUCGUGGAAGAAUUGUAUUUUGGGGAGAGAUUUGAAGAGGAGCAAGAGGUUGGCUCAUGAAAAGAUGGGAAUGUUCCACAGCUAAGAAGUAGCAUGGGAGAGAGUGUGAAGAUGAGACUGGGAAGAGGAUACAAAAAUGGAGCAUGAGAGAAGUUUUAAUUUCCCUUAAUGGUAAACAGUACGUUUUUAUAAAACAGACUAAAAAAAGACUAGGCUUUCUGUUGCUCAGUUAAGCCCAGUUGAGCCUGAGAGUAAGUAGCUGAAUGAUACUUAAAAUCAGAAUAGAUAGUGUUCAGUAAAAGUAAAAUAAAUUGUUUUAUUAUUAGCUGUUUGUACUGUAGGCUAUGGUCAUUACAAGUUAACACAUGUUCAUUACAAGUUAGCACAUGUGAGCACA